CUGCGCGCUCGCGCCCAGCCCGCCCAGCGCCCGGCUCCCGCGCACCGCCGCUUCUCCUCAGCCGGCAAGUGUCGCUCCUCGGCGGCUGUCAUGUCUCCCGGCCGGCCCCGGCAGCACGGCGCGGCCCAGGCUCCGGCGCCCACGGCCGGUACCCGCGAGGGGCCAUGAUGCGGCUGGGCGGCUGGUGCGCGCGGCGGCCUCGCGGCGCGGCGGGCUCGGCGGAGCGGCGCGGGGCGUCGGGGGGUCCGGGCGGCCGCGCCCUGCGGGUGCUGGUGGACAUGGACGGCGUGCUGGCGGACUUUGAAGGCGGUUUCCUCAAGAAGUUCCGUGCGCGCUUCCCCGACCUGCCCUUCGUCGCUCUGGAGGACCGGCGCGGCUUCUGGGUGUCCGAGCAGUACGGCCGCCUGCGCCCCGGGCUGAGCGAGAAGGCCAUUAGCAUCUGGGAGUCCAAGAAUUUCUUCUUUGAACUUGAGCCUCUACCAGGGGCUGUGGAAGCUGUGAAGCAGAUGGCCAACCUACAGAACACUGACGUGUUCAUCUGCACAAGCCCCAUCAAGAUGUUCAAGUACUGUCCCUAUGAGAAGUAUGCCUGGGUGGAGAAGCACUUUGGCCCUGACUUUCUGGAGCAGAUUGUGCUGACCAGAGACAAGACUGUAGUGUCUGCUGACCUUCUCAUAGAUGACCGGCUGGACAUUAUAGGGGCUGAGCCACACCCCAGCUGGGAGCAUGUCCUCUUCACAUCCUGCCACAACCAGCAUGUGUGGCUGCCUCCCUCACGCCGCCGGCUGCACUCGUGGGCGGAUGACUGGAUGGCCAUUCUGGACAGCAAGCGGACCCGCUGACGGCUGCGCUGUGACUCCUCGUUGACUGACUCCAGUGCUCCUGCUCAGGGCCUGUAGACCUGUGGCUCCCUCUGGACAUGUAGGCCAAGACCACCUCCUGCUGCAUGCCCCUUCCCCAGCCCUGCCAGGCCUUAACCUGCUUUUGGGCUAGGGCUGGGCCACUGGACCCUGGACAGAGACAUAUGCAUCCAGGAGGUUUGGGCUGACCUUGGGCAGUGGCCCCAAGAUGCCAGGGGCUCUAGGCCUCAUGCCAGAGAGUUGUUAAGGCCAGCAGCUCUGCCUACUUGCUGGAGGAGGUCCUUGAAUUGUCAGGGCACCCUGGUCUCUGGGUCUGCUGCUGUCAGCUGGAAGUGCCAGGAAUGUGACAACUGAGGUGCUUCCUGGUGGGCCUGAGGCCCUUACUGUCCUGACCACAGGACCCAUCCUACUUGCCCAGCCUGUCUGGGCUUCCCAAUGACCUGUGUCAUGUGUUCAACAAACACUUAGCAGGUUCAAGCCACCAGGUUCUGUGCUGGCAGCCAACACUGGCCCUGCCUAUGACCAGCUCCAAGGUAUCGCUGCUCUGUCCCUAGGACCCUGCUCAGGACCCAGCAGAGUCAGUAGCCUGAAUGUUUGUUGAAUGUAUGAGAAAUAAAUAUUGUUAAUUUAGA